AUGGCAUCAUUCUCCUUCGGAUUCGGCGGCGAUGACAUAGAGGACGACUCCGUUCCCGUCCCGGCCGCCGAGGCCUCCGCGCCCGCCCCGGAGCCCGAGACCCCGCAGUCCGCUGCAACAGCCAGCGCCUUUCCGGUGCCCGGCAAACCCCAGCUGCCGCCCACCGCCCACGACCUGCAGGACAUGCUCUCCAGGCUGCCCUCAAAGGUCGCCUUCGGGACCCUGGACGUCACCCUGGACGACGGUAGCCUCAUCAAGAUCCCUCGUCGCGAGCUCUGGGACGUGCGAGUGCAGCUCAUGGCCGAGGAUGAGGCCGCCGGUGACGGUGCCGAUGCCGAAGGCCUCGGCAGCCACGAUGUCAAGACGGGCGUCUACGAGGGCGGUUUCAAGAGCUGGGAGAGCAGCGUGGACCUCGUCAAGGUUCUCGCCAGUGGCCAAUACUUGGACCUGCUCAAGCAACGGCCUCUCCGAGUGAUCGAGCUUGGAUGCGGCACAGGGCUUCCAUCGCUCGCUCUUUUGCAAUGGACCAUGAGGAAUCCAGCGCCGAGAUCGCCACUUUUGCUGACCCUGGCCGACUACAACCCGACAGUCUUGCAACUGGUCACAUUGCCCAACUUUAUCCUCGCCUGGGCUCUGGAACGCAGGGACCAGAACCCCGCCCUGGAGGAGGCCUUCGCGAUGGGAGACGAGCUCGAACUCACACCAGAGGUCUUGCAGCAAUUCAAGGAGUUCCUGACGUCUUCCCAAAUCUCUCUCAAUUUCAUUUCUGGUGGCUGGUCAGUGGAGCUUGUUGAUCUUCUCUAUGAGACUCAGUCCAAGCUGGACGGGUCCAGCAGUUUCGAUACCCUUCUUAUUGGAGCGGAAACCAUCUACUCGCCCUUCGCACUCGACGCUUUCAACGAGAUGGUCCUUGCCAUCCUCAACAGAGAACAGAGCCAACGUAGCAACUGCCAGUCGCAGGCGCUGGUUGGGGCGAAGCGGCUUUACUUUGGCGUUGGAGGUUCACUCGAUGAUUUUGUGGAUAAGGCUAGGGGAAGAGGAGCAACGGUAACUCAAGUCAGGGAGGAGGCUGAGGGUGUUCGGCGAGGUGUCGUUCGAUGCACUCUGGGCUCGCCUCGUGAAUAG